AUGGUGAAAGUAGCAAGACUGCAUAUAAAUUGGCAGAGUGGCAUCUUUGGAGGCCAUGAGGCUGAGCCCCACUCCAGACCCUACAUGGCUUCACUGCAGAUUCCAACACACAGCACGUGUGGAGGUGUACUGAUCAGGCAGGACAACAUACUGACUGCUGCACACUGUCUCAACGAGUCCAUUCCCAAUGUCCGGGCCAUGGAGGUGGUUCUGGGGGCCCAUAACAUCAAUCCGAAGGAGGCCAGUCAGCAGAGGAUCAAGGUGAAGAAGUUCCUCAGACAUCCUCUCUUCACAGGCCUCAACCAGUAUGACUACGACAUCAUGCUACUCAAGCUGAAGACCAAGGCCAAGCUGAAUAAGUUUGUGAGGGUGAUGGAGCUGCCCAAGAAGGAUGGGAGCGUCCCUGCAGAAAUGUGGUGCUGGGUGGCGGGAUGGGGGAGGCGAGCCCCUGGCUCCCAAGCAGAGCACCUCCUGCAGGAGGUAAAGAUAAUGAACAUUGAGGCCUGCAAGGCUUCAUGGCAGACAUACUUCAACACCACCCACAUGACGUGCUCCUCUUCAAGCCAAGGCAAAGGCUUCUGCCAGGGGGAUUCUGGAGGGCCUCUUGUGUGUAAUUGUGAAGCUCAGGGUAUUGCUGCUUACACUGCUGAAGCCUGCACAGACCCCAUAUAUCCGCAGGUCUACACCAGGAUCUAUGCCUUCCUGCCCUGGAUGAAGAAGGUGAUGAAGGGACAAGACAGUGAGCCAUGAGCCUUUAGCAAAACCACCACACUGGAGUCUGUUCCUCUGUGUGUGUUU